AUGGACGAAGCCGAUUUUUCAGAAGAUACAUCUUUUAAGCAACAGGAGGAUUUGACUUAUAAUGGGCAUCUCCCCCAGAUUAAGAUUUCCAGAGAUUACAAUUCUACCUCAAAAAAUGACAUUCUCGUCUCAGAUCAAAUUAUUUUAACAGGAGGCAACACUCAAGAAAAGGCUACACAUAGUGAAACUUUUAAAAACGUGGAUAUGACCAUGACUGUGGAGAAAACUACUGAAAAUGCUGUCAACAAAAAACAUGACAAAGAGAACCAAUGCACUGGAAUUCUUCAGCUCCCAACUAAGAAAGAAGAUGCUUCACGGUCAAAUAUUUCUGUUAUUUUACUCAAUCAUCUUUCCAAAGAGGAAUUCUUAAAUGGGCAAGGCAUUGAUUGUGAAACUCUCCCAGAGAUUUCUAAUGUUGACAGUUUUGAUGAAGCUAUUACUAAAAAUGUGAGUUCACAUUAUAUUCAGAAUUCUUGGCCAAAAGAAAAAACCUCAGAACUCACUGACCAACUCAAUCCCCAAAGUGAUAGAGAAAACAGCAAUAAACUCAGUUGUUCUCCAAUCAUGACAGAAAAAAGUACCUCUGAUUUAGAAGAGCCAGUGGUUGCUGGAGAUAACCUGCAAGAAAAUUUUAAUUUCCUAACUAAAGUCAAGGGCCCAAGGGAUAAACAAAAAAGAGUCCAAGGACAGGCACCCCAGAAACGGCAGACUGAAAGAGCAAGUUUGGGCAAUGGAUUCAAAUAUGGCCAAGGUCAAGUUCAUUACCGGCUCCCUGAUUUCUCUAAAAUUGCUCCCAAAGUGAAAAUCCCUAAAAAUAACAUGAUUAAUAAACCACUUACAAUGGCUAAACAAACCAGAUCUUCUAACCUGAGAGGUAAAUCAGCUCUUGUGCAAGAUAUUUUAGCAACCACACCUACGUCAAAUUGUACUGAAGAACAGCAUCAAAAGCAGAGAAAGGAAACUACUGAAACUUCAGAACAAAUCCAGAUGGAGCCUACAAUACAUAUCCACCAAGAACUUAGAGGAAUAGAAUCCGAGACACGUCUCCUUGAAUUGUCAUCAACCUCUCAGGAAGACCAUUCCUCAAGUUCUUCAUACAUAUUUCAAAAAAUAGCGCAAGGGCAACAGAUGUGUCAGAAGUUAAAAGAACAGACUGAUCAACUGAAGACUAAAGUUCAAGAAUUUUCCAAAAGAAUAGCACAGGACUCUCUCCAUUUCCAAGACAGGAGUCUGGUCCUGGAGAAACUGCAGGGAAAUCUUGAACUGCUGGAGCAGGAGUUUCUGGCCACCAAGGAGAAGCAUCUGACCUUGCAGCAGCAAGACCACAAGCAUAAAUCACCAGCUGUCAGUGACUUUGAUCCAGAAAGAAAAGUGGAAGGCGAAAUUUUCAAGUUGGAGAUGCUACUUGAAGAUGUUAAAGAGAAAAUUGAUGAAAGCAAGUAUCCUACAGUUCUCUCUCCUGUGGGCUCGCCAAUCAACCUGGAUGUCUUGGCAUCCAUAUCCUCUCCACCCUCAAAUGAGAUCCUCAAGGAGCACCCUGGCAGCCCUUCUGGGUCCCCGGGCACGUGUGGGAGUGAGGAGAUAGGGGUGUCCUCUGCAGGAACAAAGGAGAACCCCUCCUUCCAGGAGCUCCAGGAGCUGGACCAGCAGACUUAUCUAAACUUACCGAGCGUGGAUACACAGGACCAGCCGGAUCCGAUGUCCAGGAGGCUGUCUUCUGACUCCAGGGAGGAUGCUAUCAACUGUUCGGGAAGGCAGGAACAUGCAGAGACAACGGUACCAUGGCCAAGCUGUGCCUUCUGCCAUCACGUGCUUGAAUGGAAGCAAAAAAUGGAGAAAAAAGGCCAGAGAAGGAUCAACUGUGGAAAGUUUUUGGUCAUCAUUCAAGAAAAGGCACUGCACCCCAAUUUAAGCCACAGUUCUGAUGCAGAAGACAGCUUUAAUUCUAAUUCUAGCACUGGAAUGCAGAGUAACAAAUGUGAGGAUUGCGGCACUAAGAUUCAUAGCUCCCGAAGAGUCAGCAGUAAAGAUCUGCCUAAAGAAUUCCAUUAUAGAUACAACACCCCAGGACAGAAUUACUGGCCUUUGGAUGAAAAUAAAGACUCUUUGCCUUCUUGUUCAAAACCAAAAAGGAUCUGUUGCCAGAGAACAAAUAUGAAAACCUCUCAAGAUGAAUAUGAGCCUACACUAGAAAAAAAAAAUCUUAAGGCUCUCAGGACCUACAGCUCAGACUUUGCUACACUCUCACCCCAUUUCCACUCCUAUAGAACUUCUGGAAGCAAAUCUCUAUGUGAUUUUAAGAGUAUCAACAAAAUGGAAUCUGAGAUUUUAAACUCGGCUUUGGAUACUGCCCUAAGGACAGCAACAGUUUUAAAAGAAACUACUGAUCAAAUGAUUAAAGCCAUUGCAGAAGAUCUUGCCAAAGCACAGAAAUGGAGGAAUCAACAGAAAAAUGAGUUGUUCUGUCCAAGGAAACCAAUGAAUUAG